GGGUUGACAGGCAUCACGUAGCCUGAGACUCAGCAUGUCUUGCAGCAAGUGGAUGGGAUGGUUGUGCUGUGUGCGUUAUUCCAUGACUGUCUUAGCCCUGCUCACUGACCUGCUCUUUCUCUCUCCUCUCCUCGCCCUCCGCCCACUGCCUCGGUGCAGCUUUUGCUCUCAUUCCAUCUGAGCAAAGCGACAAGGAACUGCUGCAGAUAGCUUGAGGUGAUCUCACUGCCAGCUCUUCACACUUGCUGUGAUGGGUGCUGCGUGCAGUGGGAUCAGCCGUGAGCCUGAGGUGGCGGCGACGGAGGCUGAUAACAUGCGGAAGCCGCAGCUGGAGCGUGUGGUGUCAUCUAUUAACGUUCCAGCGAUUGCGGCGGCCCAUGUUAUUAAGUCCUACGUCGCCCAGGGGCCGGGUGAGCUCUCCCUUGAGGUCGGAGAUCUGGUGAGCAUUGUUGAUAUGCCACCAAAGGAGCUGAGCCCCUUUUGGAGAGGCAAGCGUGGCUUUGAGGUUGGACUUUUCCCUGGUGAGUGCGUGGAACUCAUCAGUGGAAAAGUUCCCGAGGCCCUCAUCAAUUCCUUGCCAAAGCCAGGUACAUAUGUUACAUUUGAUAAUGCGGGUUAGUAAAAUGGGGUCAGAAUGUGGCUUUAAGGGGGUUCG